UUGAUGUGUGUGGGACGAGAAACUGAUCACAUGCAUGCAAUUGGUACAAGGUCUGUCGCAGUGUAUAACUGUCUGACUACACUACACACUACAGACUAGCUCUUGUGUGUUGGAUUGCUAGUAUAGAAUCAGGAUAUAGCAUGAACCAGGAAUUUGAUAAGAGUGUGGAGUGUGGAAUCACUAAACAGGAAGACGGCCAUCGUUGGUGAACUUAUCAUUCGAACCCAAUUUCUACAUCGCUAUCAGUAUCCGUGCACAAUGUGAAACAACUAUUGGUGCCAACUGAAUAUUUGAAGUCACUCAUUAACCCAGAGUGCUCUACUAGAUCACCUAGAAAUAUCCAGUAAUCAACAAAUUAUGACAUUGUAUGAAUAUUUGGAUAAAUCGAGUUGCAGAGGUCAUCUUGUUGAGUCAUUUUGAUUUACGGAUUUCUGGGUGGACAUUGACAAAUUGCUGCUGGAGAGUGUGGAAAUAACUACAGUGAUUUGGAACUGCGUUCAGGCUACUGUUGUGUAAAUAUCAUGACAAGUCGACCAGGAAUGUUUUUGUUUUGGACAAAGGAUUAAGUUUUUAACAACACUGCAUUGUUGACAUUGCGCUCGUCAGUGGGUACUUACACUUCCAGUAUUUGAUUAUCGCCUGAACUAAAGUUGGGAUAAUGUUUACUGAAAUGUCGGUUUCUACACAAGGUAAGAACCACAGAACAUGAACGGAAGUCGACAAAUAUUAACAGCGUAUUUAUUUGUCAUUGGAUAAGUGGCUACACCAAUGGUUGGUUUAGUCUUUGCUCCAGCCUGAUCAGGAAUGUCGAGGCAUACAUUAAUAGUCUCCUUUCAAGCCGUCUGUGUAAUGUUAUCUUUAAAUGUUGGCAAUGUGACGUGUACAGUGGAUUCGGGUGCAAUCUCGGAUGACUAAUAGAAAAAAGACUACAUAGUGCUCAUAAGGGAGAGCAAUAUGGUAGCUGUACCACGCUGUGACUUGUGUGUCACUGCAAUGAUCCACAAUAGGAGAUAAGAAAAAAAAGUAGAUUUCCUCAUGCUGAUAUUCUUGUGAGAGUUGUGACUAUUUUUGAGUUGAUAGUAUAGUGGAGAAUUUGCCGUCAUGGCGUCUAAUGCUGUGGAUAGAAAACCAGUGAAAGCCAUGAUGCCUAGAGUUGGCGUGGCUUCGACAACAAGCGGUGCGUUGAAACCAACACUUGCAGCGCGGAAAACACCGUCUACGACAUCAACUACCACGGCUACAAAACAACCCAUGUUGCCACAUUCUAGUCAUGUAACUCACGCAAAAGUGAGCACUGCAACUCACACCAAAGUGAGCACUGCAACAACGAAAAAACCUGUGGCUCGACAACGCUCAUCUGAUGGCUUACAGAAUGGCAAAACUUUGCACAAUCUGUCGCCCUCUGGGGCUUUGAAACCGAACAUUUUGAAACAUCAGUCUGGGGAUGGAACUAAAGCAGCCGUUUCAAAACAGGGGUCAGGAGCGUCACAAAAUGUUGAGUCCUCGAAGCACGAAUCUGGAACAUCAAAAACGAGAGUAGGAAGUGGAGCCCACAAUUCAGACGCCACAAAGCAUGGAUCCACUCAUGGAGCCACUAAAUCAAUGGUUUCAAAACAAGGUGGAUCAGUGAGCAAGGAACCAGUUAAGCCGACCAGGACUCCGAAUGGCAUUGCCGCUAAGCGUGUAUCAGGCGAAACCAAGCCAAGUAUUGCAAAAUGCGCAGCGGGAACCGGAUCUGUGACUUCAUCAAAGGGAACUGUUUCUAAGCAGAGCCCAAGCGACGGGUCACUGACGAUAGAUGCAGCCAAGAGAGGAUCAAUUUCAUCUUCAUCAUCAAGGGGGUCUAUUUCAUCGUCUCUGAGGAACUCAACUUCUCCAAGAACCUCAUUGACUCCGAAAAACUCGGUGUCGCCCAGGAAUUCCAUCUCACCAAGAAGUUCGGUAGCCUCAAGAUCCUCAGCGUCACCAAGGAAUUCGAUAUCUUCUGGGCACUCUGCCUCGCCAAGAAACUCAACUUCCUCUGGCCAUUCAGCGUCUCCAAGAAACUCUGCAUCGCCAAGAAACUCAGCAUCUCCAAGAAACUCAGUAUCUUCUGGAACCUCGGCGUCUCCAAGGAACUCCGCAGCUUUGAAAAGCUCAACAUCUCCAAGAAACUCAGUGUCCCCAAAGACCUCAGUAACUCCAAGUAAUUCAACAUCUCCGAGGAACUCGUCAGUUCCUAGCGGGCCCAAAAAGCCUGCUCCAUUGCCUCGAGGUCUAAGUGCAGACCAAAUACCUGCGCCUGGGAACGACACAUCCGUGUCAACCAAAACGUCAGUUUCACAAAAUGACGCGUCCACAACAGCCCAACCAAUUCAUCCCCAAAAAUCAAGUGCAGUCAAUAUAUCACCGAGGCAAAGUGUUGUGACAUCGAAACCUGAUGACUCAUCUGAGUCACUGAGUUUUGAGUCACAAGCUAUUUCACCGAGAUUACCACCCACAUUAUCCCAUGCCGUCCAAACAUCGGUUUCGCAAAAGGACAUGUCCACCUCAACCCAACCAACUCAACCCCAACAAGUCUGUGCAGUCAAACCGACUAUAUCACCGAGGCAAAGUCUCAUGUCAAGUACAUCAAAACCUGACAUCUCAUCCGGGCCAACGAGUAUCGAGUCACAAAAAAUCUCACCGAGAUCAUCGUCUACCCCUGACCUGAACUCCAACGACAUUCCCGACCCCCCACGAGCCAUCUUACGAAAAGCGGCUUCCGAGAAACGAGAACGAGACAAAACGAUGAAACUCCCGAUCCAGAAAUCGAGUUCCGUCAACACGAUGCCGAUCCACAAAGCCGAAGCGACAAUGAGGAUUUUAUUAGCUCAGUCGGCCUCUCGAACGAGUAACCAAUCAUCGACUCAGAUCUCACGAGGGACUUCCAAGGAAAAAUUUGAGUUGAUCUCCUCACAAAACACUUCCCCGAGGCCGUCUGUUAAAUCACCGGGUUUGACGAUUGGAAACGGACGGAAGAUAAGUAUCUCUGCGCCUGAGCCGAUCAGGGAGGAACUACCCCCUUCACCUUCAUCACCGGCCCCGCCCACUUCACCACUCAUCGAUUUCUUUGGGGAAAAGCAAGAGUUGAUCGAACCAGUGGAGUAUGAGGAACACAUUCUGAAAAACAGAAACGUUAUCCACAACGACCCGCUACGCUCGCUGAUUGUGUUUCCGUAUGAUGAUGUAUCGGCGUCCACGAUCCCGCGUCAAUUACGGACAACAAAAUCCACUGUACCUGAAGGGGCUCUGGGAGAGGCUUCAUCGCUGUUCGUUAAAGAGUGCAUCAACAGUUACUUAACAGAAUGGAAAGUUAUCAACCAUAAGUAUGGCAGCUAUGGGGGUCCCUUCCAAGAUCUGCCGGGCUACCAGAAGGACGUAGGUCCAGAGGGGCUCCACGCCCAGGCCUACGAGAUUGAUGAGGAGGACGAUAGCAAGGAGGCUACGGACAGCAAACCCUCUGGAAAUAUCUACAUGCAGGGAUUCCUCUAUAAGACGCCCUUCGGACAGCAGACUGGGCUCAUCAGGGCAUUCAAGAGGCGAUUUUUCUACCUUCGCCAGCUCGGAGACAAAUCUUUCUUACUGGAGUACCAUAAGGAUGAGAAGAGUAACUCCGCUAAGGGAACCUUGUUUCUUGAUUCCCUCGUUGACGUCAUCAAGACUGUCAAGCAGCGUAAAUAUGGUAUGGAGCUACAGAUGCAGGACCGAUCAGUCCAGAGUGUCGCUGCUGAGAACCAACAAGAGAUGGACGACUGGUAUAAUGCCUUCAAGAGGGUCAUUGACCUCCAGAAACAAGAAGCUAUCUCCGACAAGCAGAGUAUGUCAUCUAUGGAAGACUUACUCGAUCAAGGAGAGUACGCUGACGAUCCCAUCCCCUCCCCAAACCAAUCGGAGUCUAAGAAAAAACUGGAGAAGAGUAAACAUCCGGAGCUUCAAGGCUAUGGGAAAGAGACGGAGAAAACAAACUCACAGAAACGCAAGGAGCACAGGGCAAACGUCUACUUGCUCUAUCCAAGAAUGCAGGGAGGAGAGAAGGUGAUGACCGAACCUGAAAGCAAACCCUACGAGGAAGAAUUCCCAAAACGAUUUGUCGUUGAAUUCCAGAGACUCAACUUCAAGUUGUCUGCCGCCCUCAGUAAAGAGGGAGAACCUAUCGAGAGCGCGCCUGAGAAAGCGGAAAAUAUUGAGCCGUUCUUCACAUCCAUGGCACUCUUCGAUGCCCGUCACAACCGCAAAAUAUCAGAAGAUUUCCACAUCGACCUGAACAACCACAACAUCCGAGCCCUCCUGGAGAAGUGUCGGGACUUGCCCAACGGCUCGUCAGCACCGGGCCCCAACGGAGAGCCGCGGAGAUCGAGUACGUUACCAGACGUAAGCGGGCUAGACGAAAACUGGCUCAAGUACCCACAGAAGGCGAUCUUCUCCGUCAAGAAACCUCAUUCGGAUAUUUAUCUGGUUAUUAGAAUAGAGAAAGUAUUACAAGGGAGUAUAGCACAGUGUGCUGAACCCUACAUCAAGACUGGUGACACCGUUAAGACUUGCCAGAAAGUGAUGAAGCAGGCCAAGAUAUUCUGCAGUCGGAUGGGCCAGUACAGAAUGCCGUUUGCUUGGACUGCAAGACGUGUCUUCAGGGACGACUGUGGUGAGCUGGAUCUGAGAGGAGAGUUCACGUCAAUGUAUCGCCAGGAAAGCAACAAGCUGAGCAACGAGGAUCUACUGAAGCAGCUUCAAGAUAUUAAGAGGAACCCGGAGAAGCUCUCUAAGCUGACUGAGAUCCCAGGCACUCUCAAAGUCAGCAUCGAACCCUUCUCCAGGAUGCUGUCGAAUUGUCUGACGUCAUCGUUGGUACCCACAAUGCCUUGGCCGGAGACACCUAUGACGCCCCCAACGCUAGAAAUCGAAGAGUUUGUUCCAGAGAAGGGACAGUUAGCGCACCCUUUCACGACAUAUACUAAUAAUCUCUACGUCUAUCCCAUACAACUUAAGUAUGACAGUCAGAAGACGUUCACAAAGGCGAGGAAUAUUGCGUUAUGCGUUGAGUUCCUUGAUUCAGACGAUGAAGGAGCGCAACCAUUGAAAGCCAUCUACGGCAGACCAGGGGGACCAAUCUUUGUCUCAUCAGGCAGUGCUGCUGUACUACAUCACCAUCAGGUACCAGACUUCUAUGAAGAGAUCAAAAUAGCCAUGCCCACCCAGCUGACUGAGAAGCAUCAUCUACUGUUUAGAUUCUACCAUGUGAGCUGUGAGGUAGGGAAAGGCACCGUCAAGAAGAGGGACACUGUGGACUCAUUCACGGAGCCAUUAGAAGUUGGAUAUGCUUGGAUACCACUCUUAGACGCUGGAAAAUUAAAUUGUGGUGAAAUGGGAGUGACUGUUUCAUCAAAUCUACCUCCAGGCUACCUUGGGACUAAACCCUUCGGAUCGGGAAAGUCGAUGGCUCCAGAGCUCAGACUUGUUGACGGCGGUAAACAACUGUUGAAGGUCAACAUAAGACUAGCGUCAACAAUCUACACAAAGGCCCCUCAUCUCCACAACUUCUUCGCUAAAUGCCAAGUGUGGGACGGCACAAACAUUGAAAUAAUAAAACACCUCAAGGCCAUGCAUGCUGUGGAGCCAGAUAUGCUUAUAAACUUCUUACCUGUCAUUCUAAAUCAACUCUUCCGAAUACUUCCUACGCCAGCCAUGGAUGAAGUACAGCUCAAUGUGGUCAGGUUGAUAAUCUUCAUUGUGUCUCAAGUCCAUGAUGUUGGACGUGAGGAUGUCCUCUACUCGUAUGUAAAAUAUGUGUUCGAGACGGAGAAGGAGAACCAACUACAGAAGACUGUCCAUGAGGAGUUAGUGAAGAACUUAGCUGCGUCGCUUCGACCCAGCACUGACCACACAGUCAUCAAGAAUCUCAUGAAGCACAUGUGGUUCUUCUUCACCGUCAUCAUUAAGAGCAUGGCCCAGCACCUGAUCAAGAGCGACCGCCUCAAGCUGCCGAGACAUCAACGCUUCUCAACCAACUUUGAGACGGGGCUGAGGAACCUCGUCCAGGUACUGAUGCCGCACAUCCUCCAGAAGCAAGAUAUAAGACAACUACAAGAAGCCAAGGAUGCCAACUUCCAUCUCGCUAACUUCAUCAAGCGAUGUUUCACAUACAUGGAUCGUGGGUUUGUCUUCCGUCUCAUCAACUGCUACAUGGCAUUCUUCAGUCCGGAGGACCCAAAGCAACUGUUUGAGAUGAAGUUUGAGAUGAUUCGAGUGGUCUGUAGCCACGAGCAUUACAUCGCUCUCAAUCUUCCGCUACAAAAGAAAGGACAACAGACCGGCAAGAAAACUUAUAUGGGGAAUAUGCGGAGAUAUGUGCAAAUCCGCCCCGCCAAAGACCAGUACAAAGAUCUUCACUAUGACUACCAACUAACCGAGGAGUAUUGUCAGAAUCAUUUCCUUACCGGCCUUCUGCUGAGGGAGGUUGGAACGGCGCUUCAUGACGUCACCGAAGUACGACAAAAUGGAAUCCGCGUCCUGAGAAACCUUCUGGCUAAGCACAGCUUUGAUGACCGGUACUUGUCAAAGCCGUACCAAGCCCGCAUCGCAUCCCUGUACCUCCCGCUAGUGGCGAUCAUCCUGGAGAAUGCGCCCCGCCUCUCACGGGAAGGCCCGCCCACCCCGGGCUCUGCAUCAAUCAAUGGCGACUCCCUCUUUGACAUGUCGUCUCUCUCAUCGAGCUCCCUGAUCACGGACUCCCCUGGGAUGGACCGUCAUAACAGCGUCUCGGCCCAGGCUGCUAAGACGAAGUCACUGCAGCGAGACUCCGCAGUACUUGAUAUGAUUGCUGGACGAGCUCAUUCCUUCAGUGUUGGGAGUUCCAUGGCAAGGAAUUUUGGAGUGCGGCAUUCCACGUCUAUACCCACUCUGCCGAAUCAACACUUGCGACGAAUGAGUGCUGGAGGUUUCGCCGAUUCCGCUUCACCUCCAAAGCAAAGCAGCGAGAUAAGUCGCUCUGAUCGCAGCAGUUCAAAGUCCGAUCGAAGCAGCACACGCUCCGAUCGGAACAGCACCCGUAUCAAUCGUCUCUCAUGGAUGGGCAUGUCAGACUCCCUCCGUAGCCUCCACCUCUCUAUGCCUUCCAGUACCACCUCUUUUCAAAACCUCCUAUCUCCGCCCAACUCUUCGUCAGGGGACGUAAGCCCACGACGUUUCCGUAAGACUCCGUUGUCGGGGAGCGGGGGAAAGACGGAGCACUCUCCCCUCGGUCAUGGGGGGUUGUCUCUGGCCUCCCCUAGCCCUUCCACAGAAGGAUUACUCAGUUGUGAGACGAGCACAGGUGCACAUUAUAUCAAAAGACGAGAUACGUCCAGCUCUUCUUUACGGUGGUCUGGUGCACCCCUGAUAUCCACUCCUCGCCCCCUGGACUAUAAAGACCGUACCGGCUCCAGUGGUUCCCUUAGCAGUAGUGGUAGCGGUGUUCAGUUAUUAGCAAUGAAUGGCGGUUCAGCGGCAACAGCGCCCUCAUCUGCCCACACCUCUAUGCUUUCAGACAUGUCAGAGCGGAGCGACUCGCAGUCGACGAUCACGGGGAGCGCGCCGGCCGGGAAGGGCCACCAACGGAGCAAGUCGACCAUCAUGUAUGAUAAGUUACUGGACCACGAGAUCAAGGACCUGCUGAUCUGCUUGAUGUACGUCGUCAAGAACGUCAAUGAGGAGGUUCUUCUAGGAUGGUGGAGCAAAGCCAAUGAAGACGACCAGCUCAAGCUGUUUGAUGUCUUAGAAAUGUGCCUUUAUCACUUCAAGUACAGAGGCAAGAAGCAUAUCAUUGAUCUUAGGUUGCGUGAAAAACCAUCCAGUAAUGCGGAAGAGAAGAGUAAGACGUUACCUGCAGCCAGAGCCAGGCAUCUCCAGACCAGAUCUCUCCAUGGAGAUCUACCUAUGGUCUUUGCCUUAACAGAGUCUGGAUUCGCACCUAGAGUGUUGCAAGAAGCCAAUUUAGCUGCAGAAGUGGGAUUGAUUGUCCUGGAUGUCAUGGGGACCUACUGUACUCACUUCAAGCCUAACCUUGACUUGGACGACGGCGACAACCCCUUGAUGCAUAAAGUCAUGGGUCUCUUCUUAUCCUUCAUGCAAACCGGCCAAUCAGAAGACAUGAGCAGACAUCUCUUUGCAUCGCUGCGCUCAUUUGUACACAAGUUUCCAGUGGCUCUGUUCAAGGGAAGUGCCCAGCUCUGCGGAGAUCUCUGUCUUGCAACGCUCAAGUGUCUGAACUCCAAGCUUCCAUCCAUGAGGAACGAGUCUUGCGCCUUACUCUACCUGAUCAUGAAGGAGAACUUUGAAUUCACGACUAGAAAAGACUUUGUCAGAGUUCAUCUACAGGUGAUUAUAUCUGUGUCUAAGUUGAUCGGUGAAGCAAACAGCAUCCGGUUCCAGGAAUCUCUCGCAAUGAUCAACAAUUUUGCCAACAGUGACAAAACAAUGACUAAUACCCAGUUUCCCUCUCAUGUACGAGAUCUAACCAAGAAGAUCCGCACGGUUCUCAUGGCAACGGCUCAGAUGAAGGAACACGAGAAGGAUCCUGAGAUGUUGGUGGAUCUCCAGUACAGCUUGGCCAAGUCCUAUGCUAGCACCCCAGAGCUAAGACGGACAUGGCUAGAGAGCAUGGCGGUCAUACAUAUCAAUAACAGCAACUACUCAGAGGCUGCUCACUGUAACAUCCACAUCGCUGCUCUCAUCGCUGAGUACCUCAAGAGGAAAGGGACUUUCCCCUCAGGCUGUGUCGCCUUCAAGGAAGUCUCGCCCAACGUGGAGAACGAGGAGAAAGGAAUGAAGGAUGACACGGGAUUAGAAGAUGUACAGUACUCUGAGCAAACAUUACUUCAGCAGCUGGAGCGUUGCGCCGAGGGUUUACAGAAAGCAGAGAGAUACGAGUCUAUGGGAGCUCUCUACAAGCUUAUCAUUCCAUUCUAUGAGAAGCAACGAGACUUCCAGCGUCUUGCCAUGGCGUACGGUAAGCUUUGUGAAGCCUACAAGUCAGUCAUGAAAGUCACCAACUCAGGAAGGAGACUUCUCGGACAGUAUUUCAGAGUCAAAUUCUUCGGUCAGAACUUUGAAGAGGAUGAUGGUAAGGAGUUCAUCUACAAAGAGCCCAAGAUCACGACCCUCGCCUCCAUAUGCGAGAGACUUCUCAAUCUAUUCUCGGAUAAAUUCGGCAAGGAGAACGUCAAACUUAUCAGGGACUCCACAAAGGUGAACGCUGACGAGCUUGAUCCCAAGAUUGCCUUUAUCCAGCUGACCUUCGUCAAGCCGUACUUUGACGACAACGAGCUCCAAGAACGACAGACGAGCUACGAGAGAAACAACAACAUCCGACGCUUCCUCUAUGAGAUGCCGUACACAGAGGGCGGUAAAGCGCGAGGCUCCGUAGAAGAACAAUGCAAACUCAAGACAGUCCUCACAACAUCCCAUGCCUUCCCGUACGUCAAGAAACGUAUCAUGGUGGUCUAUCACCAACACCAGAAACUCAACCCCAUUCAAGUUGCCAUCGACGAGGUCAAAGCUAAAGUACAGGAACUGAAUGAUGUCCUCAUCGCAGAUGUCCUAGACAUGAAACGGCUACAGCUGCUUCUACAGGGAUGUGUCAGUACACAGGUGAAUGCUGGACCCCAAGCCUACGCCGUGGCGUUCUUAGGUAAAGGAAAAGAAGAGAAGUGGAGGACGCAGGACGUCUGGGAACUCAAACAACUCUUCAGGGAAUUCGUUGAGGUGUGUGGUAAAGCGUUGGACUCCAACGCUCGGUUGAUCAAAGAGGACCAAUAUGAAUAUCACGAGGACAUGGUGCAGAAAUACAAAGCCAUGGCGGCCAUGUUGUCUGAACUACACCAAGAACAACCUAAGGAGCACGAACCAGUUGGUAGGAGGGUGUCAGGUCAUUUCUUCAACGCAAUCAGCGGAACAUCAUGAGCACCAAACACGUAGACUUCAAUCAAAUACACAACUAGAGUAACAACAUCGGCUUGUAAAUGGCAAGUCAGUUUUCAGUCAACCAGGAGCAAGUUUGAUCAAGGACUAUAGUUGACUAUUGUUAACCAUUGAACGAUUUUGCCUAGUACCCAGAAUGUAUUUCAUGCAUAGGUAACCAUGGAACAUUGACGAGUGGUUGACAAAAUGGUCACUGGUCGAACUUGCCCUGUAUGGAUAACCGGCAUUGGAUCUGAAAACAUCCUACACUGCAAUCAGGGUUCAGCGACCUUUGCUGUCUUCCUGAAGUCAGUGACCUUCAUUACUACAUUUAUCACAGCAUUGAAAAUCUAGCCGGUAAUCAUCUAGACAGUAUAUUAAGUAAGCUGAUGGAGGGGGAACCAGGGAAACUUUCGCAAGUUUGUCUCCUGUCAGUGGUGUUACUAGGGAAACUUGUCUUAUAACUGGGUUAGUUAACUAGUUUAACUAACUGGUAAGGUAAUUAAACCACUUUGGUUAGGUUAGGUUUUUGGUGACAAGGACUAUAAAAAUGGUGACAAAUAUUUGUGCCAUACAAUAGGUUAUGGUUUAACACAUGACAUUAUGUCAAUUAUAUAAUUGGUUUAUGGGGUUUAAAGGAUUAUUGAUAAAGAAUUAUUGUGAAAAUAUUACGGUGAGGAAAACAGAAAACAAAUUUCUUGUCUUCAAAAAUCAAAGUAUGUCCAAGUUGUUGAAACUUGAUUGGUGUAUAAAAAAAAGUUUAAGCAUAAAAAUCUUUGACCAAACUGGUUUCCUAAGGCGCGGUGAUGUCUUUUGUCUUAUCCCAGUAAAUGUUUUAUCAAAUUAACGCUUAAAUUUGCACAUGUUUAUUUUCAUACAGCUCAGAUAUUUAAAUGCGAGACAAAAGAAAUACCUUGCCUAAUUUAACUAAUAUAUAUGCAUCGCUUCCUUUGGGUUUUAUUAUAGAGAAAUUAAUCUAUAGUUAGUUUUUACUUUUGUACUAGAGUUUAAUUUCAUUCAGGAUAACUUCACUUUGUUCACCUUUAAGCUUUGCUUGCUUGAUUUACGAGACGACAAAGCUCCAAACAAAUUUUUGAGUACCGUUUGUGGUUAGGUUAAUUUCAUAACAAAAAUUUUAAAAAAUGUAUAAGAACAAAAAAUCUGCUAAUCACACCCACAACUUGCUUACCAGAUUUAGGUUACCAGACAAGAUACAAUGUCACAUGUACCAUAUGUGAUGAUACCCUGCUCAUUUCUGCUAAGCAGCUUAAAGAAAUUAGGCCCAGGAAUGGAUAUGUGUAAACUAAGGCCUGUGAGCACAAAAAAACUUGCUAAGCACAAAAACUCUAGCUUAGCAAAAAUUGGUUCCCAGACGCAAUACCAUACAGCUACCAGUGGUAUUACCUGUGUUUCACUCAUUUCUUGCUCGCAAAGAAAUUUUGCAGAAUUUCAUGCUUUUGAAAACAGCUUUUUUUUGUUGGUGGAUCAUUAUGUGGUUAAAUUGUUCUGAUACUUAAUUUACCAGCCCACCGUGUAAUAGAUACAAGAACCCCAUCCACUCAAUUAAAACCCUUGAGAUGUGUUAGCAUUUCAGUGAAUUAGCUUCCACUAUUUGUGCAAAAUAUAAAAAGUAACAAAUAUUAUCCAAAAUAACAUUUACAUUUUAAGUAAUUCAAUCUCCAUUUCAAACCUUGUACAUGUAUAUGUAUGUAAAUCAUUUGUGACGUCCCAGCUUCAAAACAUAAAAAAAAAAUGUCAUUUGUCAUACUCAUUAUCAUAAUUAAAUGCAACCUGUAAACAAACUGUCUCACAUUAAUAGUAAUAAUAAUAACCAGUGUUUGUAUAGUGCUUUUCACAC